UAUCUCACAAUCUCUUCAUAGCACACACGUUUCUAGAGAUCGCUGUCUGUGUAACCUCAAAUCAAGACCGGUUCUGCAAAAAACGCUUCUUCGCGACAUUGACAUGAAAAAAAAUUCAUUCCGAAUCAUCUCGAUUUAAUCGCCUGUGAGAAAAAAAGCUUUCUAUGAUGAGUGUAUUAGCACAGAGGCUGAAUCGUUUGCGGUGCACGUAUUCGGUGCUGUCAAGGUUAUGUGACCAGGGUAACCACGUCCAGCGCACGAUCGGCACCCUGUCGCAACGCGGACUCAUUGACAGCUACCGCGUGACGUCACACGCGCACCACGUGGCGCGCAAUCCGCGUCUAUGUCGGGAAUUCACGGUGCUCUUCCCCGAUCAUCAACAGGUAGAUUUCGACCUGGACUACCGCCGCGAGAGCUCCAGGCCGGAGAAGAUACAGGAAAACGAGUACGCUCACAAUCUGUUUCGGAAUUCGAUCCACUAUACGUCGACUAUAAUGAAGCCAAUCACGACGCACGCCUACAUCACGAACGACGAGGUCCUGAGACUCCUGGACCAGGAUUGGAGUCUGAUGACAGGCGAGGAGAUGGUGUCGGCCGUCAAGAAGCUGUCCUACAAUAUUUCUCAGGGCAAAUAUGAGUGCAUCGAUCCUUUAAAGUACGUGAACGCAUUCAACGCGAUGUGCAUACAGAAGCUGAGCAAUGAUGAUUUGAAGAUAGUGAUGCGACACUUGGUGCCAUUUUGCAAUUUUCAAAAUUAUCAUUUCCACCAGAAGUUUUGUGGUCGUUUGGACAGGGAGUGCGUAAAGCGUUUCACGCAGUUGAACAUUAGUGAGAUGCUGUUACUCUGCGACGUCAUAUAUCAGUUGAUGCGUAACAAGUCUGAGUAUAUAUGGUAUUCCAUGAGAAAAUUAGGUAACAAACCUAAUAAGCUUACUCCAAGACAGAUGGUGCAGGUUUUGUUCUUUCUGAAUGUAUGUAGGAGGCCACCUAUAAAUAUGUACGAGAUUGAAUAUUAUUUGGAAAGUUGCAUACACGACUUGUCGAUCAACGAGUUAGCGAUAGCGGCGUUAGGUUUCUUCAAAACCAGCACGAAAAUUAGAAAUGUUAAUUUCCUAAUUCAAAUCAUGAGAAAAACUAUCGAUGAAGUAGAGGCUGUGGAUAGCGUCAGUAUCGGAGCACUCAUAAAAUUAAUAAGAUAUAGCAUGCAACUCACAGCAAUCCCUACGCUUCAGGAAUUGGUGAAAGCUCUGACGCCGCACGAACCACGUUUUACGUUGAUGUCUUUGACACACGUCGCACAUGCGUGCGCGAGGGUCGCGUUAUACGACGAGGAGUUCAUAGAUAGACUAAUCAAAAGAUUCAAUAGCGAAAUAAAGACUGCGAGACUGAAAGACUUUGAGAGAUUUUGCUUCGUGCUCGCUUGUCUUAAUGUUGAUAAGAGCAACAGUGUCUAUCAAAAUAUAAUUGAAGAACUCAGGAGAACUUGGGACACGAGUCGGGCCGGCGAGAUAUCACAGUAUCCACAAGUAGCUUCACGCGUUCUGGGAUUUCUGGCGGUAUUAAGUAUUUACCCCACGGAUCUAAUUGGACGCAUCAUGGCACAAGAACAUCUUGACAAGAUAUAUCGCAGAUCUAGAUACCUCACACGUGAAUACAAUGUGUUGGAUUAUAGCCUCCGGCUGGAAGUACCAGAGUACAAAGGGCCAUUCCUCAAGUUCUCUACAUGUGAGACUCUAGAGAAGAAAUUUUUCCAGGAACCUUCCAAGAUCGACGCAGCAGAAUCGAGUAGGGGGAAUCUUCUUUUUACAAGCGUGCUCCAAACGUGUAAGGAGCUGUUUAAUACUACAUCGGAUAUAUCGGUCGUCCGACCGUUGCCUCAUUACACGCCUCCAGACAUCGUCUUCUGUCUGGACGAACAGAAUCGACUUCUACCAUCGAAGGAAUUCCUAUCGCAAUAUCAAACAUGUGAGAUCAUGCGCGUGGACAAGGAAACUUUGAAGAACAAGUGGAUUGCCCUCGUCAUGGGUCCUCAUGGACUUUUAAUAAGGAACACUAAUUUGCCCACCGGAAUGUUGGCUACAAAACUAAGACAGUUGUCUAUAAUUGGAUAUACGCCAAUCAUGAUAUCACAUAUUUCUUGGUUCGAAUGUGCAACACCACAAGAGAGGUGUAAUUAUCUCAAAAAGCUUAUAUUUAAGGAUAACACAGAAUUAUCCAACAAAUAAUAUUGGAUAAGAUUUGAUCACUAUAUAUUUAAAUAAUAAACUAUGUAUUUUGACUCUUGAAUUGUUGAUAUAGAUCACUUUUUACAUCUUUC